AUGAGGCAGACUUUACGAUGCAGACUUAGUGCAUGCCGAUAUGUUUUCAAGGCUCAUAGUGAGCCGCCUAUUCUAUGGUUCUAUGCAAGCGAUCUCCCUAAUAAGAAACCUUUUGAACCCAACUACAAUCGUGGUAACCGUGAACCCAAGAAGUUUAUUCCAUUCUCUAAGAAUGAUUCGAAGAGAUUAGAAAGAUUCUAUCAGCUAAUGAAGUCUAAAGAUGGCGAAUCCCCAUCUUUCAAGUCUAUUCCCGUCAAUGAAGACUAUCUGUUCGAAGUUGAUUUGAAUCGCAAAGAGGUGAAACCAACCUAUUGGGAAGGACCUGUGUAUGAGGUACGGCGUGGGCUUUGGUUCAAUUCAGACCAUAUGCCUCUCAGGGAUGAAUUAGCAAACGAAUUAGAGCACUAUUUCCAAACUAUGCAAGCAAAAAAGAGCAAUCACAAGGGAAUCGAAGAAUCUCCAAACCAGCAUGCAGGUCAUCGCGACGUUUUCAAGCUUUCACCAGAACAUAAAGAGGGUAAGCUGGUACUCUUCACAGAUGAAAAAACUGCCUUUCUUUUACCAGAACUCUAUGGCGGUAGGCUACAAUUGAAUUGGCUAAGAAGCAAUCUGGCACAGGCUGUUCAAUUCGGAGCUGCGAAGGUUACAAGGGGACAUAGUACUGAAGGGAGUAUUACAGAUAUUGCAAGGAAAAAUAUUGAGAAGGAAGUCCAGGAUACAACGAAAAGUCUGGGCAAAAUAACUGAUUUAAUUAGUUGGGAAUUGUUUGGUUUUAUGAGCGGAAUUAAUCCUCUUGCAUCCUCACAAGCUGAUGAUAACAGUGAAGUAAUGAAGAGGGAAAUGGAAACAGAUUACAAAGGUGAAGAUGACACAGAAAAGGAAGUCAAAUCAAAUCAUAGACCAAUCGACCAUCUUGUUUUUUGUGUUCACGGGAUAGGCCAAAAUUUGGGCAAGAAGUAUCAAUACGUCAAUUUUGCACACACUGUAAAUCUAUUGCGUGCUAAUAUGAAAAAGCUAUACUCAGAAAGUGACAAACUAAAAAAUUUCAAUAAGGACAACAAUUUCGACGAUUGGGAACAUAAUUGCAGGACGCAAGUGAUACCGAUCACAUGGAGACAUAAAAUUGGGUUUAACACAGACGAUGCCGAUAUAAACACAGAGGAUCCAUCAUUGCCCACGCUCAAUGACCUCACUUUGGAUGGAGUGAAGCCUUUACGCAAAGUGCUUGGCGAUGUGGUUUUGGAUUUACUACUCUAUGGUGAAUACCAUUACAAAUACAAAAUACGGAUGGAGGUGGUGAAGCAAUUGAACGAUCUAUACAACUUGUACUGUUCACGAAAUCCCGACUUUGAUGGACAGGUACACAUUAUUGGGCAUUCACUUGGUAGCCUUAUAGUCUUUGAUAUUCUUUCAAAUCCGAAUCGUUACCCGCUGGACUUCGAGGUCCAAAGCUAUUUUUCCAUUGGCUCUCCAGUAGGCGUCUUCAAGCUGAUACAAAAGACAAAAAUUGCCCCGUAUAACGGUAAAGAUAAGUCUGAAGCUGUGGACAAGCCACGGUGCCAAAACUUCUAUAAUAUUUUCCAUGUCUGUGAUCCUGUCGCUUACAGAGUAGAACCAUUGGUGGAUCGGAAUAUGUCGUCGUUUCAGCCUGCAUAUGUUCCCCACUGGACAAACAGCGACCUUGCUGCCAAAGUUUUUGAACUAGGAGGAGCUUUGAUGAGUAGUGAAAGCAAAGGUGAAAGUGCCAACGUGGGAUCUUUGACUGCGCGCCAGGUAUCACUUUUGACACAAUUAAACUACGCGGGGAGAAUUGACUACUCUUUUACGCCGAAUUUCCUUGAGGUUGACUUAAUAUCAGCAAUACGAGCCCACGUAAGCUACUUUGAGGAAAUGGACAUGGCCGGCUUUGUUUUAAAGGAAUUACUAUCGAAGCACCAUCGUGCUAACGGUAAAUUACUGGCGAGAAAAGGUGGUUCCGUCAAAAACGAUAGAUAG